GCUGUUAAUAAUUUGUUUUCAAUAGCUAGCGAGGAAAAGCGUUAUUAACCAAAUGUAUCUAGGUUUACUUUUUGUAAUCCGAUGUGCAAAAUCUAGCUGUUAGUUAGUAUUACUCUGCCUGUGCGCCUUACAUGAAAAUGAUGCAUGCAUUUUUCAACUGUGUGAAUUUUCUAAUAAAUUCCUCGUAGAGUCUUAAAAGAUCAGCGGUGGUUGCCAAGUGUCGCAUAUUGUAGUCGUGAAAUGCCUUUAGUGCUGCACACCUAGCAGCAUUAAUGUCAUCUUGCUUCAUUUUCAUGUCUCAAAUGGGGAACGUAUUUUACAGAGGAAUGCUCUUGUAUUCAUUGCUAAAGACUGGGUUUCACUUUUAUGCCUAGAGAAACGUUCGCAGAAUUUUUGGCUGGAUGAUACAACUAAAGAGAGACUGGAGUCUGGACUGCCCUGCCGCUGCGAAAAGACACAGGUGAUUAUCCUGGAAUCAGCUGAUUUUAACUACAAGGAAAUCUCAAAGUGCAGAUUACGAGCAAUCACCUGGUUGUUACAUUUGUAAAGUUUUGCAUUGACUAACAGCGAGUGUUAUAAUGCCUCAUAAAACAUCACCUCUAUUGCAAAGUAUCUCUACAUUGUCAUAUCAUAAACCCCAUCUAGGCCAGUGGUUAAUUCAGCAGAUUAACAGUGGCCAGUACCCAGGGCUCUGCUGGCUGGAUGUCAACCACACCAAAUUUCGCAUCCCUUGGAAGCACAUUUCAAGGAAGGACAUUUCUGAAAAUGACUACAAGCUGUUCAAGGCCUGGGCUGUAGUGAGUGGAAAAUACACAGGUUUACAAGCUGAAUAUGACCCAGCAAAGUGGAAAACUAACUUCCGUUGUGCACUGAAUAGCAUUCCUAGAUUUAGUAAACUAGAAGACAACUCCAUGAAUCCAUCCGACCCUCACAAGGUUUACGAGAUCGGCAGCAGUCCCAGUUCUUCUCAGAGCGGGUCUCCAAAUGGAACCAGUCCAGUGGAAGAUGGGCCUUUACCUGGCAGUAGCAACAUUUCGGCCUACCCAGUAGUACCGCCCAUUUUGUUCGCUGGUCUCUACGAUAUUGGAAGGAUCAGUCUGGAAGAUGUAAUAGAUGGAGAAAGAAUUGUAUUUGGACAACAUCUUCAGAAUGAUUUUCCUGAUGAAGGAAUACUACACUACGAAUCUGCAAGUAGAACAUCUCAUGCAGAUGACCCGUUGGUACAUCCUUGCAACACAGAAGAUCCACCUUGUAACACACCAUAUUAUGGUGCACUGGGUCAUGGAAACAGCCCAGUACAGAAUGCCUACAAUCCCAAUGUAUCCUCUAAUCAGACCGCAUAUGAGCAACCUGACCAAAGAAUGAAUGGCUUCAGAACAGAACGGCCAGAUAGGGGACCAUGGGAAGCAACACCAUCAACUGUCCUUGAAGCUGCCACACUGCCAGUUAGACCAGAACCAUCCAUCCAGCAUGUCAAUUAUCAGACAGUAUGCAACCUUCUUGCACAGCAUUGUUACACAGGUCUACCAUUACAGGACUUGGAAAUCACAAUUAAUUACAGAAAAACACAAAUGCUCCACUUAGAGGUUAAAGGUUCCAACAUCUAUCAGUUGUGCUAUAAGUGUGACACUCCCUAUGGUCAACAGAUUCAUUUCCCUAGUCCAGAGACCCUUCUGGAUAGAAAGCAAGUUUCAGCUACUGAGAAGAUUCUUGACAGUAUUAGGAACGGUCUUCUUAUUGAAGUAGGGGUGAAGGGUAUUUCUGCCAGGAGGCUUGGAAAGAGCCACGUCUUCUGUUUGCUUGAGGAUCUGCCAAGGGAAGCAGAUAAAACAAAUUUGCUGCCUCGGGAUGAAGAGUGCUUGAUAUUUUCUUCUGAAAAGUUUGUAAGUGAGUGGAAAAACUUCAUGGAGAACAAGAUCGACUCUCCAAAGUUUGAAAUAUAUCUCUGUUUUGGACAGCAUUUGCCUGAUCUGCAGUAUAAGGAAAAAAAGUUAAUUUUAGUAAAGAUUGUACCAAAAUUCUGCCGUUACCUUUAUGAAAUGGCACUGCGUGAGGGUGCAUCUUCUCUGAAUGAUGAAACACUCAGCCUACAGAUCUCGAACAACAGCAGCUUGUUUGAUUUUAUCGAAUCUUAUUUAAAUGGUGAAGAGAUGGCAUGAAUGCAGUGAUCCCUGCUGCUUCCCAGGCCUUUGAGGAAUGAAUGCUUUCAGUAAAGCUAGUAGCUUUGUGUCACACAUUCUAGAAAAAAAAAUAUGUACUGAAGCAUGAACAGAGUUGCCUGUUGUGUGUUUUUGUCAUCAUCUUUUUUUUUUUUUUUAUCAAAAAUGAGAAAUAUUAUGACCUCUUCUGGGAACAGACAGUCCUUCAUUCAGAAUAUUCUCCAAAUGGUUCACUUCUGAGCUACAACUGUAACCUUAAGUACCAUGAGGUACAGACUUUUUCAGCUCACAUAUGCUGCAAGUUAGUUCUUUGCACAAAAUUCAGUCAUUUUAGGUUUUUAUUAGCAGCUGUCAAACAUACACUCACCUCAGAACCUUCCUUAUUUACAAGGAUAUCUGUUUAGUCUGAUAAUUCCUGUGUCUCUGCAAAGUAAGUCCACCCAGGGUGUACUUUCAUUUAAUGGGCAGUUGCAUAGCUAUUUCUAACUGUCCAUAAGAUUUUGCAGCACAAAACGCAAUCAAAAGUCUUAUUUUUCCUUUUAUAUUCUAUAUUUUAAUAAUGUCUUAUCAAGUGCAUUCUAGCAGUGUGUGUGUGUGUGUGUGUGUGUGUGUGUGUGUGUGUGUGUGUGUGUGUGUGUGUGUGUGCGCGCACACGCACAUUCAAGAGUGUGCAUAAUCUGACUUUAAAACAACAUGUUAGGGCUUCCUAGCUGAAAGGAAAGAGUUUUUUUUUAAGGGAUGACCCAGAAUCAAGGUCAUGGAUUGACCUUUCAAAGAGCUUUCUACUGCCUUUGUGUGUGUGUAAAAUUGAGUGUUGGGGGUCCAUGGGCUUUAGGGAUUAUGUCUCACAUGGGGUAUUGUUGGAUUUCCCUCCCAGUUUUGAAAGUUCCACCGUGCCAUUUUCAAACCCUUCAUUUUGUCUCUUCCUCCCACUUCUGUAAUGACUCUGAUCUAGUCAAAACUAGUACUUUAGUCUCCUCUUCUCUUGCCAUUUGUUUAACAAAUUCUUGGGACUCUAUUCAUUUGUGAUCUCUGUGAUCUUAAUAUGGUGUCAAUUGGUUCUAAUUGUUGAGGAUCUCCUCUUAUACCCAGGAUAUAUGGCCUUUGAUAUUUGACCUAUUUAGGUGCUCUUUAGUACAAGUUGCACUUUAUACUCUUAGGAUUUGGCAUAAAUGUAUUUUUUGAGAUAUUUUCAUGCCCUUGAAGAUGACUUGACAGCAGUCAGUGUCAUACUUCAUUAAAUAUAAUAUCCUAAUUUAAACGGCUGAAACAUGCUCGACAAUCAUUUAUAAUGCUUUAAAACAGAACUGUUACAUUCCAUCAAAACUUUUUCUUUUUCAUAAGAUACUCCCAUGUUUUUGAAGUAGCUCAAUUCACUAAAAGCACUAACCAAAAUGAUGUUGACAGAGCACGGCAAAUUUGUUCUGUUAACUUACUACUACUUACCCUAAUGAAAUAGCCACACUUUUCAACACAUAUUUCAUAAAUUUCAUAGCUGAGCUCACCACUGGCUUCUCUCAAAAUCAUCCCAACCUCUCUGACUGUCCAUCUAAAAAUACCUCCACCCCCAACUCACACAAAUUCUAACCAUCUCCUAUCCCUACAGCCACAGUAAAGAAACUACUUCUAAAACUGAAACCGUGCAUUAAUGCCGCUGAUUACCUACCCCAAGAAUUCCUUCAAAAAGCCACUAAUUGCAUUGCCUAACCAGUCAGUAUACUUCUUGAUAGGUCCAUUCAAGAGUCUUAUGUGCCCACCAUCUGGAAACAAGCAUUCAUCCUCCCACUGCACAAAGGUGGAAACAAUAAUGACAUCUCUAACUUUCAAGCCAUUGCCAUUCUCUCCCCUCUCACCAAGGUUCUCAAGAAAUGCAUACACAGUCAACUCUUUAACUAUCUGCUUCACAAUAACCUACUGUCAGCAACCCAACAUGGCUUUAGACCUGUCCAUAGCACCACCGCAACUCUUGUAUCCUUCUGUGACUGUAAAUCGGGCUCGCGAUGCCGGGAAACUCCUCUCCUCUCUAUUUCUUGACCUUUCUAAAGCCUUCAAUACUAUAUCCCACCCUCGCCUUCUGAGGAAACUAUCCCAACUUGGGGAUCUCUACCUCAACCCUUCAGUGGUUCUCGAACUACCUCACUGAUAGGCAACAAGCCACCAAAUGGCAACACUCUCUCUCCUUUUCUCUGUACCUCUACUGGUGUUCCCCAAGGAUCCAUCUUAGGGCUAAUAUUUUUCAGCAUCUUCAUCAACGACUUCCACUCCUCUUUCACUGACAGCUCAGUCAUCCAAUAUGCAGAUGAUUCCAGUAUCAUCUGCACUACUGACUCUCCACCCAAACUCCUAAAACUUACUCAGUCUGCCUUCUGCUCCACAGAAAUAUGGAUGGCUAACACCCACCUUGCCCUAAACCCUAAUAAAACUAAGCUUAUGCUAUUCAUCCCUAAGAGGUCCUUUACUAUAAACAAAGACUCUUUUCUCUAUUCUCUCCCAAAAUAAUACUACCAUUGAGGUUGUCACACAUACUAAACUUGUAGGUGUCACCUUAGAUGAACACUUAACUUUUGACAUGCAUAUUCUCAACAACAUCAGAAAAGCAUACCAGAAACUAGGAAUGCUUUACCAUCACAAAACAUUCCUCAAACUCUUCAAAACUAUCCCUGGUCUCCUCCUUCCUGCUAUCAUCCCUUCUCUAUGCACACAUACAGGCCAUCCUUAAAUCCAAGCUAGACUCAUGCUAUAACAUAAUUGCUAAGUUUGUCACAAAUGGAAAGCACGUAUCCCACCACCACACCUCUCCAACUACUAAACUGGCUAGAACUUCCUCAUCAUCUUACAUGUAUUCAGCUAACAACUGCCCAUAAACUAAUUUUCAACCCAUCCAGCUGCCCUAUACUUUCUUAUAUAUUUACACUUUACCACCCUAAUAGAACUCUCCGCUCUGAAAAUCAAACACUCUUGCUAAUAGAAAAACCUAGCCUCCCCGCUGGUCAGUUGCUCCACUCCUUUUCCACUGCCAGACGUUGGAACUCACUCCCACCUUCACUUAGGUCCACUACUAAUACUUCUUUCUUCAAAAAUUUGUUGAGACAACAUCUUUCCUCCCAGUGGCUAUGUUCAUGUGCUACCUCCUUACAACCUAUAACCUGACUAUUUCUCCCUUGCUACUACCCCAUCUUUCCUACCUUCCUCCUGUAUUACCUUAAAAAAACCUCCAUCUUUAAUGGUAGCCAUCUAAUUUCUGCACCUUGAAAAACAUGUACUGUCUCCUGACAGAUUUAUAUACAGCCACUUUGCCUUCUUACUUGGUUAAAAAUUAUGUAUUAUGUUCAAAACAUUAUUACUUUGUAUGCAUUUUUAAACUUGUGUUGUAGCCAUUUAGUUUGUUAAUCAAAUUUAUGUAUUGUAUCUUUGUGGAGCUUUUCUCCCCAGGCCUCCACUGAAAAUGGGUACUUUGUGGCCCAGUGGACUUUCCCGAUAAACAAAUGCAAAUAAGUAAAUAAUAAAUAAAUAACGUUCUGACUGCUUGAUAGUUGACUGAUGCAUGGAUGGUCAUUGGUUUUAGUAUUUGUUUUUUCUGAUGAAACAUUCAUUUAGUACAUUUGUUUGAGAGUCCAGGUACUGAAAGACACAAUGUUCAUUGCAUGUACAUAUAUCUCUACCUCCAUGGAUUAAAAAUCAUAGUACUGACCUUUAAAAAUUAGAGCAGAGGGUCAGAAAGAAGAGCACUUUAUUAUUUUUGACAGUAGAAGUUGUUUGUGUACUAGACCCUAUAUAGUAUGUGAUAAGGAAUCUUUAUAUAGGCUUAGUUUAAUUAUGUAAUAGGAUAUGUCCUUGUGGCCAGUUCUGACAUUCAGUAAAGCUAGGAGGAGCAAGGCUAAAUCUGAGGGCUAAAAACUAGCCACUUUGCCUAAAUUAUAGCAGCUGAGAGGUGGGCAUACAAUAUUUUCAGUAACAGUGUCUCCUAUCCUUACAUUUGCAAACUAGUUUAUACCCUUCUUUGAUUAUAUUGGUAUAAUUUUUGCUGUGACCUCCUACCUCUUCCUUUUUCAAGCCCAGUGCUCUGGCCAUUUUGUUCAUCUCUUCUAAAAGUGGCAUUACACCCUUUACCUGUUUUUCCUAAACUUCUUUCCUGUUCCGUACUCUUUCUGCUACAUUUCAGUACAAGCUAUUUCUCAUUACCUGUUUCCUCCUCUUCCUACGUAAACUUGUAGCAGCCUUGUUUCUUCACAUUGCUGCAGAGAUCCUUAUCAGAAUAGUGGGAGUUUUCUUUUACCCCUCUGCUAUAGUCAAAAUGUGAUCACCUUUUAGGAUUUCCAUUUUUCUGUGCAUCUUCUAUACUCCUUGCAUGCAACUUACUUUCCUUACCUCCCUGGUUCUUCCUCUCUUCUCUUUCUGAUUAUCUUUCUCAUCUGUUAUGCUAAAACUUUACCUUCCUCUGAGUGAGCCUGCUGUUAGUUGUAGCCCAGAACUUAGAUUUCCUGUCAUGACUAUGGAGUAAGGCUUUAGUAUUCCAUAUACAGCCAAAGUGGUUAAAACAGCAGUCUCUUGUCAUUAAUUCAUUAUACAUACCUAUCUAUAACUUGUUUUGAACAGAUUAAUACCUCAUCAGUUUUGGUCUUAUCCUCCCAUUUUAUUCAGUCGUAUUAUUGCUGCAAAGAUCACUUCACCAUGCCUUUCCCAGUAAGCAAUAUAAAUAGUCACACAGUCCCACCAAACCUCCAUUACAUUAAACUUAUUCCUCAGACCUUUACUACUUUGGAAUCCCUGUCUGAUAUUGACAAAUGUCAACCAUUACAAUAACCAAUAUUUUUCUUUUUUAUUGAUCUUUUACAGAUUAUUUUAUUCUCAGAAAUUAGAUCCCAUGCAUUUCAUCUUCAUAUUCCUGAAUCUGUUUGCAUCAUAUGUAAUUAUAUCAGUAUGCCCCAUGAUUAGAACUGCUUGCAGUGCUGCAUGGGAUAACCAGCAUUUUAUUUGUUUUUAUGUGAUUUGCAUUUUGUGUUCCCAUAGACUGAUGAUAAAGCAUUACUUUGGCAACAGCCAGUCAGCUGUCACAAAAUGUAGGCACCCAGUUAUUGUAAUGCUUGCAGUGGAUAUAAAAAGGUCUGAUGCGUACCCAUACUGAUUACUAACAAACUUCACAUGCAAAAGAAGGCAGCCAUCUGUUCUCUGGAAGGCUAACUGUGAAUCGAAUUUAAGCAGUUCUUUCACAAUGAAAACUUAAAAAUGUGUGCUCAAAAUCAUAAAGUUGAAAACCUACAUAAAAAUAUAUAAUCAGGCAAUUAAGAAGUAAUCUUGGCACCAGCUCUCAGGUUGAGGGUCUUUGGACUUGAGGUGCCCCAGAUGACCAGAGUUUGACUACUGAAAAUGGUGCUGGGGAAGGAGGGAUGGGAGUGACUGUCUGAGACUGAUGUGACCAUCUGGUGCGUCGGAGUCCUGCAGCAGGACUGAAAUUGGGGGAAGGCAUAGAAGUGCAGCUUAAGGCACAAGGGAUUGAUACAGUAUAAGCUAACCAAAAAGGGCACUGCACUCUGUUAAGCAUUUGGAAGUUGAUGCCUGACUCAGGCUAAGCAUCAAGGGAACUGAACUGUGCUUUCCAGCCAACAGGAGAAUGGAGUUAAAAACAUAUAAAAAAAUUCUCACCUACCUCUCUGUGUCAAAAAAUGAUAGAUGAAAGGAGGGCCAACUGGACGGGGGGGGGUUAAGGCCUUGACGGUCACAGGGUAGACUGGCUCAAAAAGUUAUUUAAGAGAACAUUUUUAUCACAAAGACUUCUUAACCAAAAGGUAGAUUUUAAGCUUUGUUUAAAAAUUAUUUCACACGUGCUAGAACUUCCUUAAUGAUGUAUCAUAAGUUAUAAAUUUGUUUACUGGAAUUAUGUUUACUCUUUGCUGAAAAUAUUGCCUGCUGUGUGUUAUCUUCUGUAAUAAUGCUUUUACUUUUUAACAAAUUAUUUCUGUCACUUUGUUACUGUGAUAUAUGACCCAGGUCAUGGCUCUCCCUUGGCCACUUCCCUUAAAAUAUAUUUUUUCUAGGUGGACACAGGUUUAGUAAUCUGUAAUCUUCCAGUGGUUGUGAGGGUACCAGAGAUUUAUAAACAGGGAAUAUGGCAUUGUUUUGAGUGCCUGAUUGCUGAAUGUGCUUAAUGUACCUUUCACACAUUGAAACAUUAAUGGAAGGAAGUGCUUAAAAAACAGUGUGUUGAACUAAACUGUGUCAUUUGUGACUACAACACUUCCUGAAGUUAGUUAUGUCUCUCUGGUUAUAUGGCUAUGGAGUUAGUAUAUAUAAUUACUGACUUUUUCAAUGUUAUUUUUACUGUGUUAAAGUGUUGCAAAGUAUGCCAGCUUCUCUCCGAGAUACGUUUGUUGUUUCAGUUUCUUUGUGUUAUAGUACUAGCUUUUCAUUUUGCAAGGAUUUUGCUUGUUUCAUUGUGAUGCCCUGCCUUUUGACAGUUAAACUGACAAUGUAGCAACAUGAUUCCAUCAAAACACACUUGGUUGACAUACUAACAAACACUAAAAGUGAAAACAUAACUCUAUUGUGAGUAGGGUUACCACCUGUCUCACUUUGCAAAGGACAGUCCCUGUUUCGGCAGUUGUGUCCUGACCAAAAAUAUUAAAAAUGGCAAAUGUCCUGAGAUUGUAGGACAUAAUUAUGUCCCAUAUUUCAUGCAAUAGUUGCAUAAAAUAGUUUUUUCUGUAUGUAAAAUACCCAAAUGUUACAAGAAACAGAAUAAGCAACUAAACUGCUACAAGAAUAACCCUCUAUCCACCCCCACUAAAGGCCAGAAUAAUAUACCAUCUUUUACUCUCUCUCCCGUACCAACCUCCAUAGUCAAAAAGCUACUCUCAAAAUUAAAACCUACCACUCUUGCAGUUGAUGGCCUACUCACUAAUUUCCUAAAACUAGCAGCUGAAUCUCUAGCCUACCCUGUCUCAAUUCUGAUUAACCACUCCAUAAAAGAAGCUUAUAUCCCUCAACUAUGGAAAGUAUCACAUAUUAUCCCCCUACACAAAGGUGUCAACUCCUACGAGCUAUCAAACUACUGCCCCAUUGCUGUCCUAUCCCCCCUGUCCAAACUCCUUGAAAAAUGUAUUCAUACCCAAGUGAUGCAUUUCUUAACCUCACAUAAUCUCCUCUCCUCAACCCAGCACGGCUUCCCCCCAAACCAUAGUACAACCACUGCUCUUCUGUUUUUCCCUAACCAGGUUAACCAUCUCAGAAAUAACAACAACUUUGUAUCUGCCAUAUUCUUAGAUCUCUCUAAGGCAUUUGACAUGGUCUCACAUAGCCUACUACUAGACACACUAUCAUCAAUAUCCUUUGCCCCCUCUACAACUGCUUGGUUCAAAAACUAUCUCUCUGAUCGUACUCUUUGCCAUUUGACUGUUUCCUAUAAACUUUACUGUCAUCCACCAUAGGUGUUCCACAAGGCUCAAUACUAGGCCCAUUACUAUUCAUUAUUUUCACCAACAGACUACACACCUCCACACUGCAUGCAUCACUCAUACAGUACGCUGAUGACUCCACCCUAAUCUGCUCAGCCCCAUCCCUUACCACUCUUCAAAACCUUACUCAGGAAUCCUUCAACUCCAUUGAAAAAUGGAUUACUGAUAUCCAACUGAUUCUUAACCCCAACAAGACAAAACUACUACUAUUCACCCCAAGCAAAUACAAACCCACACCCCUUUCUUUCACAAUCACUUCCAACAAUGGCACCACAAUUUCCCCCUCACUCCAUACAAAACUCUUUGGCAUUGAAAUAGAUAAAGAUCUUCACUUCAAUGUCCAUAUCUCUCAAACCAUUAAGAAAAUACAUAAA